CAAAUCUAAGCCAAUAGAACUAAUAUAUAGUAAAGUUUUGUCAUAUUCCCAGCAAAACUAAAUACAGCAGGUAUAUGAGGUUGUCCCGAUAGCUUCAGCCAAACACCAUGAACACCCUAAUGCGCCUAUCACCCCAGCUCCACCAUUGGCGCACAUAUUGCAUAAAACAAUGCGCCGCCGCCGGUACAGAAGCCGCUGCUCGAGGUAAACCUAACUAUGAGGAGUUCAUUGACAGUCGUCAACAGCAGGCGCAGCGCAGCAUCGUGGUACAGGUCAGCUCUGAGAAGUCAUACAACGAAUUGUAUAACUACUGCAGUCGAUUCGGACGUAUUGUCACUGUCCAACACUACUCCGUACAGCAUGAGGAUGAGCUGCACUAUAUGCUGCUGGAGUAUGCCAGCGCCGGCGAAGCAUCCGCCGCGAUCAGUUCAAGUGCUUACAAUGCAGAACUCAGCGGCAGUGGCGUGCCGGUACGUUCGCCGUUCCUUUGGUUUAGAGCACCAACUGGAGGCGCUGGCAGACGGGGACAAGCUAAAUUAGCGGCUAAUCAGAAAACGCUGGCGCUGCACACAGUCAACGGCACGCGGUCAUUGAGCCACGAAGCCUUGAAGGAGUUAUUGCGCGGUGCCGCUGGCAUCGAUCAACAACUGAAUCUGCUGUACGAACAGACACGUUUGAAUGAAUUGGGCGUGCGCAUGCGCUUUAUCGCUGCGCUCCAGGUGGAACAGGCCAUCUCGGGCAUGUUUCCGGAUGCGUUGGCACAGCCAUUCGGAUCCUCGGUGAAUGGCUUUGGCAAAAUGGGCUGUGAUUUGGAUUUGAUAUUGCGCUUCGAUGGCAAAACCCCAGGCACGGAUCAAGAUAGUCAACGCGAAGCAUCGCGUCUCAUAUACCACACUAAGGAGAAUCUAAGCAAUGGACGUUCGCAGACGCAACGACAAAUGGAGUGCAUUGGUGAUAUGCUGCAUCUGUUUCUGCCCGGAGUCUGUCAUGUGCGGCGUAUUCUGCAGGCGCGAGUGCCCAUCAUCAAAUACCAUCACGAGCACCUCGACCUGGAAAUUGAUCUAUCCAUGAGCAACCUCACUGGCUUCUUCAUGUCCGAGCUGCUGUACAUGUUUGGAGAGAUGGAUCCGCGCGUGCGGCCCUUGACCUUUUGCGUGCGGCGCUGGGCGCAAUCGUGUGGCCUAACAAAUCCGUCGCCAGGACGCUGGAUUACCAACUUCUCGCUGACCUGCCUGGUCAUGUUCUUCCUGCAGCAGAUGCGGCAGCCCAUACUGCCGUCGAUUGGAGCCAUGGUGAAGGCCGCGAACACAGCGGACAUUCGGGUCACUGAGGAUGGCAUCAACUGUACCUUUGCGCGGGACAUGGAGCGUGUGCGCUUCCAAAGUCGAAAUACGAGCAGCCUGAGCGAACUGCUCCUACAGUUCUUUGAGUUCUACUCACAGUUUGACUUUCACAAUCGGGCCAUAUCGCUGAACGAGGGCCGCGCCCUGGCGAAGCCGGAUCACUCAGCAAUGUACAUUGUGAAUCCGUUGGAGCAGCUGCUGAAUGUGAGCAAAAACGUCAGCCUGGAGGAGUGCGAGCGACUGCGCAUCGAGGUGCGCAAUGCUGCCUGGAUGCUCGAGUCGGAGGUGGAGAACGCAACACUCUCAGAGAGCGAGCGACGAGAGCAGUCCUGGGGCCUGCUCAACCUGUUCAAACAUCCCGAGAAGUCUGUCAUACGCCCGAACAUGUUCUUCAAACCGCGCAUGGUCGAGGUCAGCGAUCUGUUUGACAAAUCCCAGACGUCAGCGCCUACACCGCCGCCCGUCAACUACAAAAACUCCACCGUGCGCCAGCAGGUGCAGAGCAUUAAGGCAGCUGCACGCAGCGAGCUCAAGCAACUGCGUGAGUCCAGCACAACGACGACGACGACGGCGACGGCGACGUCCGCAGCUAAAACCAAACGCAGCAGGUGAUAACCGGCGGCAUUUCUGUAGACAAAUCCCGGCUUAGUGUAUAUAUUUUUAUAUAUAAAUAGAAAGUAACUCCACUCUGACUACAUAUUUUUAGCUAACUAAAUGUUGUUCAUAUUGUUAAGCGUUACGCCCCAAAACGCAGCCAUGUGGGCGUACAGUGUACGAGCAUGCUGCAGCCUUGUAUAUGCAACUCGUAUGUGCGGACCCA